AUGACAAUCCGUGUUGACGAUAAAUUAACAAUAAAUUUCCCCUAUUCAAUGGAAGAUAUCAGUUCUACAAAGGAAGGUUUUCACCAAAUAGCAGGCUUCCAAAAUGUAGUGGGAACGAUUGAUGGUACACAAGUUGCCAUCAUAGCACCAUCGGGAGAAACUGAGCCGCUGUUCGUCUGCACGAAAGGGUUUCAUUCCAUUAAUGUUCAGAUGCUAGAAGACCGAAUGGCUGGCAGCCAGUCUGCUUUAUUGGGCGAUAGUGGGUACCCCUUAAAAACAUGGCUUAUGGUGCCAUUUACGAACCCAAGUAGCAGAGCAGGGGAUCGUUACAACAAUGUCCAUAAAAGGACAUGA